AUGAAUAGUCCAGAUGUUAUCGUUAUCGGUGCUGGGCCAUCGGGAAUUGCUCUGGCACACACCCUGAAGCACAGGUUAGGGUUCAAUGACUUUACUUUCUACGACAAAUUGGAUGGCCCGGGUGGAACAUGGAGACAAAAUACAUACCCAGGGGUGGGUUGUGAUGUGCCUACGCUACUAUACUCGUUCUCGUUUAAUCAAAACCCGGAUUGGUCGAAGGAACUAUGCGAAGGCCCCGAGAUCCUCGACUAUAUGGAAGCCACCGUCGACAAGUUUGAUCUCCGAAAGCACAUGCAGUUCGGAGUUGAAUGUAUUUCCGCAUCCUGGAACAGUCAAGGGUUUUGGGAAGUUCAGCUCCUCGAUAUCAAGACACAAGUCAAAUAUACCAGAACCGCCACCGUGUUUAUAUCUGCCGUUGGUGGUAUCUCCAAACCCAGAGACAUCAAGUUCUCUGGGAUGGAGAAGUUCAACGGCGAAAUCUUUCACACCGCACGAUGGAAUCACGAGUUUGACUACCGCGGAAAGAGACUCGCAGUUAUUGGCAACGGAUGCAGCGCAGCCCAAGUGGUUCCUGCCAUCGCAAAAGACGCUGGGUGUGUCAAGCAGUAUGCCCGGAGUGCGCAGUGGUAUCAUGAGCGGCCGAACCGGAGUUUCACUCCUUUCGAGAAGUGGUGUCUCCGCAACAUUCCACUAUGGGAGCGUUAUCUCCGCUUGCGACUGUUCCUUAGUAGUGACAGCCUUGUAGCUACCUACCUACCCGGAAAUGCCGCCGAAAAGCUGCGUUCGAAGGCUGAGAGCGGCGCCCGUCAGUACAUUCAUCAGACCGCGCCUAAGAAAUAUCACAAGUUUCUUGUGCCCGACUUUCCUCUCGGGUGCAAGAGGCGUAUAUUUGACCCCAACUACUUGGAAAGCCUUCAUCGCAGCAAUGUCGAGUUGGCACCAGUUGGAAUUGAUCACAUUGACGAGACGGGUAUCACUGGGACUGAUGGCGUGAAAAGUGAAUUUGAUGCGAUUGUGCUUGCCACCGGCUUUGAUGUCCAACAAUUUGUUGUACCUAUGGAAGUCUAUGGCAAGGAUGGCAAAAGCCUCUCUAGGCAAUGGUUAGAGUCCCGUGGUGCACAAGCGUAUAUGGGCGUCUAUGUGCACAACUUCCCAAAUUUUGGUCUACUCUUUGGUCCGAAUACCUUCCCGGCACAUAACUCCGUACUCUUCGCUUCCGAGGUGCAAGUCGACUAUCUUGCUCGAACACUGCUUGCGCCUAUUAUAGACCGCCGGAUUUAUUCGCUGGAAGUCAAGCCCACCGCAGAGAACCAGUGGGUGAACGCCUUGCAGGCUGAGCUCAAAGGAAGUGUCUUCGAAGCAGGAUGUUCCAACUGGUAUAUUAACCCGCAUGGACGUAACUCUGCAUCCUGGCCGGGCUAUGCGUCUACAUACUGGAAAGAAGCCCUCAAGCCACAGAUUGGUAUGUUCAAGGAGGUUCCUCGGUCCAACCUCUGGAUGCUCAAUACUGUGUGGCGAUGGAUUAGGAGCACAAAGAAAGAGACCUAUGGCAUGGUUCUUUUCGCUAUUGCGGGAUUCCUUUGGCAUCAAAAGGGCAGCUUGGCCCACCAAUUGCCGCACAUUUACCAGAGACUUGCGUCUUCAAUUUUGUAA